UAUCGUGAUCGAGCGAGCUUGUCAUCCACCUGCCGCACUUGGAGAACUUUAGGUGUAUCGCCAUCCUUAUGGCAGGUUUUAGAUCUUCGUCCCCACAAGUGUGAUUCUGAUGCUGCUGUUGCUCUUGCUCCUAGGUGUAGGAAUCUUCAGAAACUUAGAUUUCGUGGCGCUGAAUCUGCGGAUGCGAUUAUACAGCUUCAGGCUAAGAGUUUGUGUGAGAUUAGUGGCGAUUACUGCCGCAAGAUCACAGAUGCUACAUUGUCUGUAAUUGCUGCUCGACACGAGUCACUUGAAAGUUUGCAACUUGGCCCUGAUUUUUGUGAAAGGAUUAGCAGUGAUGCAAUAAAAGCAAUAGCCAUUUGCUGUCCCCAACUCAGGAGACUUAGACUUUCUGGAAUUCGUGAAGUUGAUGGAGAUGCCAUCAAUGCAUUGGCUAGGCAUUGUCGGAAUCUAAUGGACAUUGGUCUCAUUGAUUGUCUCAAUGUUGAUGAGUUGGCAUUAGGAAAUGUUUUGUCUCUUCGCUUCCUGUCGGUGGCCGGCACAACUAAUAUGAAAUGGAGUUUGGCUUUACAGAAUUGGAGUAAACUGCCUAACCUGAUGGGCUUAGAUGUUUCCAGAACAGAUAUAAUUCCUAAUGCCGUUUUAAGAUUGUUUUCAUCCUCACCAUGCUUGAAGAUCUUGUGUGCCUUAUAUUGCCCAGCCCUCGAACAAGAUGCCAACUUUGUUUCCAAUAACAAUCAUAAAGGUAAACUACUACUUUCUUUUUUCACUGACAUUUUUAAAGAAGUAGCAUCACUAUUUGCCGAUACUACAAAUAAAGAGAGGAAUGUAUUUAUGGAGUGGAGAAAUUUAAAGACGAAGGAUAGAAAAAUGGAUGAUGUAAUGAAUUGGCUGGAAUGGAUCCUUUCCCAUUCACUUCUGCGAAUUGCUGAAAGCAAUCCACAAGGGUUGGACAAUUUUUGGCUUAGCCAGGGUGCAUAUCUGUUACUUAGUUUAAUGCGGAGCGCUCAAGAGGAAGUUCAAGAAAGGGCAGCCACUGGCCUGGCAACUUUUGUUGUCAUUGAUGAUGAAAAUGCUAGUAUUCACAGUGGAAGGGCUGAAGCAGUUAUGCGAGAUGGAGGCAUAGGUCUCCUGCUAAACCUUGCAAGAUCUUGGCGAGAAGGACUUCAGACNGGAAGGGCUAUAGCAAAUUUAUCGGUGAACGCCAAUGUUGCAAAAGCUGUAGCAGAGGAAGGUGGGAUAAGCAUCCUAGCAAAUUUAGCAAGGUCUAUGAAUAGGUUGGUUGCAGAAGAGGCCGCUGGAGGGCUGUGGAAUCUCUCAGUUGGGGAAGAGCAUAAGGCUGCCAUUGCUGAAGCUGGUGGUGUAAAAGCUCUGGUAGAUCUUAUCUUUAAGUGGUCUGUCACUGGUGGUGAGGGAGUUCUGGAACGUGCUGCUGGUGCAUUAGCAAAUUUGGCGGCAGAUGACAAAUGUAGCAUGGAAGUAGCGACCGUAGGUGGUGUACAUGCUUUAGUAAAGCUUGCUCAGAACUGCAAGUCUGAAGGAGUUCAAGAGCAGGCUGCCCGUGCACUCGCAAAUCUUGCUGCUCAUGGUGAUAGCAACAGUAACAAUGCAGCAGUGGGACAAGAGGCAGGAGCUCUUGAAGCACUUGUGCAACUUACUCGUUCUCCUCAUGAUGGAGUCAGGUAAUCUGUCUUCCAUAAUUUAA